GAAGUAAAGCUCAAAAUGAGUAAGGUUUGGUGGCCUUUAAUAUUCCUCAAUAACAACAACAACACAACAAGAGUCGUCUGGAGGAGGAGAAACCUCGAAGUAAACUACGUGAUCUGUAAAGUAUCAGUACAGUACCUGAAGUAAGCGCCCUUUGUAACCUUCAGCAAUGCAUGAAGAGGAAGAUCCUAAAGAAUACCGGUGGGAGAGUGGAUACGAGAAAACAUGGGAGGCUAUACAAGAAGACGAAUCUGGCCGCCUGGAGCCAUCGGUGACAGAGAUGAUACAGCGAGCUAAGCGGAGGAGAUUGUUGGAUCGAGAAGCCAGUGUGAGGCUAGGAAUAAUGCGGCACGUCUAUAUUAUCCUGGAUGUGUCUCAAGCAAUGACAGAGCAGGAUUUGAAACCUACACGACAGAGCUGCACUCUGAAGAUUCUUGAGGAUUUUAUUAAAGAAUUUCAUGAGCAGAAUCCCAUUAGUCAGCUUGGAAUAAUUACUACUCAGAAUAAGACUGCCAAGAGACAAAGUGAACUCAGCAAUAACCCACAAAGGCAUCUAGAGUGUAUCAAGAAACUACAAGAUCUGCCUGCCAGAGGAGAGCCCUCACUACAAAAUUCUCUGGAAGUAGCACUGUCAUCUCUGCGCCAUUUACCACCUCACACUUCUCGAGAGAUUCUCAUCAUCUUUGCGGCUCUGACUUCCUGUGACCCGGGGGAAAUUGGAGCUACUAUACAGAAAGUGAAGGAUGCAAAUAUUCGUGUGUCAGUGGUAGGUCUUGCAGCAGAGCUCCAUGUUUGCAAAGACAUAAGUCAAGAGACAGGUGGCUCCUUCUCAGUGUGUAUUAAUGAUCUCCACCUGAAAGAGUUGAUCCAUGACCACUUGGAGCCCCCGCCUGCCUCUGUUAAAAUGGAUCAUACACUCAUUAAAGUUGGCUUUCCACAUCAAAUUAAUGCUGAUGCCAAACCUGCUCUAUGCAUGUGUCACCUGGAUGACUCGCCACCUCUCAAUACACGUGGCUAUUACUGCCCCCAGUGCACAGCCAAGUACUGUGAUCUUCCUGCUGAAUGUCGUGUGUGUGGCCUCAUGUUGGUUACGGCACCACAUCUUGCACGAUCUUACAGACAUCUCUUCCCACUGAAACAAUUUGAUGAGGUGCUGGUAGAAGAAACUACAGCCAAGAACUGUUAUGGGUGCCUGAAGCAUUUUACAGAAACUGCAGCUGAUAAAAAAGUGUAUGUGUGUAGAACAUGCAGGCAAGUUUUCUGCUUUAAUUGCGACAUAUUUCUUCAUGAAACAAUUCACUCCUGCCCAGGAUGUGCUUCUAAUCCUACAAUAUCUCAAUAUAACACAAGCUGAAAAAUGUAUUUACUACAGUGGACCCCCGACAUUCGAUGGCAUCGACAUUUGAUAAAUCCGACAUUCAAUGCAUUUUAACGCAAAAAUUUUGCCUCAACAUUCGAUGGAAAACCCGACAUUCGAUACGAUUCGUACGAGACGUGUCCACGUGUGGCCUGAACUGCACUGUGUGUGCCAGUGUUUACAAGCCAGCUAGUGUGCGCGCAUCUAAGGAUACAUUCGGUGCAUUCCAUAUUAUCACUGUUUUUGGUGCUUGUUUCUGCAAAAUAAGUAACCAUGGGCCCCAAGAAAGCUUCUAGUGCCAACCCUUCGAGAAAAAAGUUGCUAAUGACUAUUGAAAUGAAGAAAGAGAUAAUUGCAAAGUACGAAAGUGGAGUGCGUGUGUCGGAGUGCAUGAUGAUUUAUUAAAGAAAUUGCCUGCAACUAGUGGUGAUGUGAGUGAAUUUAAGGCCAGCAAAGGUUGGUUUGAAAGAUUUAAGAAUCGUAUUGGCAUACACAGUGUGGUAAAGCAUGGUGAGGCUGCCAGUUUAAGUCCUAAUGGAAGGGGAUUCCCCUUCUAAACACUAACACCAUCCACACUCUCCCCUCCUCCCAUCCCAUCAAUCAUCACCAGAUCUUUAUUAAAGGUAAGUGUCAAUUAUUCUAUUGUUAUUAAUCUAUUUUUAUUGUUGUUAUUGUAAUUUUUCUAUUGCAUCAAACUUAAUAUUUCAUGUGGUAAAUUUUUUUUUCAUACUUUUGCGUGUCUUGCACGGAUUAAUUUGAUUUCCAUUAUUUCUUAUGGGGAAAAUUAAUUUGACUUUCGAUAUUUUCGACAUUCGAUAGCUCUCAGGAACGGAUUAGUAUCGAAUGUCGAGGGUCCACUGUAUAUCAUAUAUAUCUUUAUAUAGAUGUUGCAUAUUUAAUGUCACACACAAUUAACUUUGACCCAUAUGUUAGGCAACAAAAGUUACUCACACAUUCAAGAGUUAAUAGAUAAUUAAUUAAUGAGCAUUAUAUAUAAAAAAAGAAGAAACUACAUGAAAGAUAACAGUAGGUAAAUAUAGUAUGUUUUUAAGGGCUUCUGAAAUGUAAUGGCAACUACAGAAUAACAAGCCAGGUAAUUAUUUCCAGAGAAAAAGAUAUGGUGCUCUUUAAUGAAGGGAUGUAAAAUAGCAGUAGAUUCUUUUUGUCCUUGUUUUGACUUUUUGUCUUGUUACACAACCAAAUCUCUAAAAAAAAUUUCAUCUGCAGCCAGUGAAACUAUUGAUAUAAAAUGUUUAAUAAUGCAUGUCAAAGCUAAGAUAGUUACUGUUUAUUUUCAUACAUUAUAUUUAGUACAAUUUUUUUUUUUAAAUAUUUAGUACAAUUAUCAUGUACUGUACCAUUUUAUCAGAAAUCAUUUCAGGAUUUUCAAAUCUGAACUGUAACAGUUAUAAUGCUCAUUUCAAUUGAUCAUUGAAGGUUUGGUGACCAGUAUCCCCAAUAAUUGACAAUUUUUCGUUUUGCUCAACUUUGUGUAGGAAAGUUAAAUAAGCAGUAUAUAAGAAAUGCUCUUGGUGAAAAGUAACAAGCAAAGGAUAACUUGCAUACUGUAUAUAUAUAUUUAUAUACAUGUGUUCUUUCUAUUUUGUGUUUGAUUUCACUUGUCUCAUAGAACUGAAGGUAUUAGGUUAAUCUUAAUAACUAAAAUUUAUUAUAGAUUUACCUUCUUUACUUUUUUGUGUGUUACUUGAAUCAGUUCAUCAAAUCUGUAUCACUUCAUUUUUUUUCUUCAUUCUCAUUUACUUGGAAAUAGAAGGUAAGAAUUGUAGAAGGUGACUAAAAUACCAGGCAUGAGGGGUAGGUCACUGCAUUUCUUGUACCUAUAACAAAAAUCAGCUGGAAUAAGUGUUCAGAGAUAUUGUGACUUGUAGGUAGUAGGUUGGUAGACAGCAACUUCCCAGGGAGGUACUACCGUCCUGCCAAGUGAGUGUAAAACGUAAAUCUGUAAUUGUUUUACAUGAUGGUAGGAUUGCUGGUGUUUUUUUUGUCUCAUAAACAUGCAAGAUUUCAGGUACGUCUUGCUACUUCUACUUACACUUAGGUCACACUACACAUACAUGUACAAGCAUAUAUAUACACACCCUUCUGGAUUUUCUUCUAUUUUCUUUCUAGUUCUUGUUCUUGUUUAUUUCCUCUUAUCUCCAUGGGGAAGUGGAACAGAAUUCUUCCUCCGUAAGCCAUGCAUGUUGUGAGAGGCGACUACAAUGCCAGGAGCAAGGGGCUAGUAACCCCUUCUGUAUAAAUUACUAAAUUUUAAAAGAGAAACUUUUGUUUUUCUUUUUGGGCCACCCUGCCUUGGUGGGAUAUGGCCAGUUUGUUGAGAGAGAGAAAAAAAAAGAGGAUAUUGUGACUGGGUUGUUUGAAUGUACAUGAAUGUAGAAAUAAAAGAUUGUAGAUAAUAUGAAUGCAAGUAGAUUUUAAGAGUUGUGCUUAGAAAUAAGCUUUGAAAUGCUGUAUAUAAUAUAUAUUUAAGAAGAAAAAGGAUACAGUAUAUAAAUAUUUAAAGUAUGACGAAGCAUCUAAACAGGUUGGUCUGCUGAAUUCUGUGCUAAUGGGCAAAAUAUUUAGGGUUAGGCAUACUCAGCCAACCAGUACUUCUCAGAAUGGGAGGAAAAGGUAAUUGGCAGGCUGAACGUAAGGUAGUUAUACUGAGGGAUAGCACAAGAAUCUGAAGGGGAAGAUUGAAAAUGUGUAAUGUAGAAAGGCAAAAAUUGCUUUAUUGAUGUGAUAAUUCUAUAUUGUGCAGGAUCAUGGAGAUUGUGGAAGCAAACAAAAAUAACAGACAUUGAGUAUUCUGAUCUCAUAAUGAAGGAAAAUUAGACUGUGUACAGAUUUAUGACUGGAAAAGAAUGAAUGUAAUCAUUGAAUGAUAUUUAGUCCAGAAAGAGUAGCUGAAGCUGAGCAUUACACUUUGUCACCAUGGUUGAGUUUGGACAAGACUAAAGGCUGAAUGACUAAGAUUUAGAGUAAAUUUUGUUUGCUAAGACAGCUUUCAGAAAUGUUAUGUAGGAUUUCCACAAUAUUUAGGAUCCAAAGAGGUGGCCAAGAAAUUUAACAGCUUGGCAAGCCAGAAGGACACCAAACAGGAAGAGUGCUGUGGAUAUCCAAUGUACCAUGCUUGUCUCCCGUUAAUCACAUUUCACUAAUUUGUAAUUGGAGCUAUUAAGAGCUAUGGGUAAAGUGGUAUGGGUCACUCCCUGAUUCUUGAUUUUUGAAAAGGAAGUACAGUUUCAAAGAUUCCCACUUCUCAUUACAGUGGUAGUUUUCAGAGUCGAGACAUAAGUAUGUCACCAAGCAUGCUUGGCUGUCUGUAUGACAAGCAUGAGCCUUUGUAUAUUUAAAGGCCAAAUAGCUAUCAGCAGUACAGUUGCACUGAUAAUAGCCUGAUGUAAACAUGUUUUACAUGAAUUGCUUGAGCACUAUGCUAACCACCAAGGUACGUACACUUUUUUUUUUUCAACAAACCGACCAUAUCCCACCAAGGCAGGGUGGCCCAAAAAUAAAAAUAAAAGUUUCUCUUUUUAAAUUUAGUAAUUUAUACAGGAGAAGGGGUUACUAGGCCCUUGCUCCCGGCAUUUUAGUCGCCUCUUACAACAUGCAUGGCUUACGGAGGAAGAAUUCUGUUCCACUUCCCCAUGGAGAUAAGAGGAAAUAAACAAGAACAAGAACUAGAAAGAAAAUAGAAGAAAACCCAGAGGGGUGUUUAUAUAUAUGCUUGUACAUGUAUGUGUAGUGUGACCUAAGUGUAAGUAGAAGUGGCAAGACGUACCUGAAAUCUUGCAUGUUUAUGAGACAGAAAAAAGACACCAGCAAUCCUACCAUCAUGUAAAACAAUUACAGGUUUCCGUUUUACACUCACUUGGCAGGACGGUAGUACCUCCCUGGGCGGUUGCUGUCUACCAACCUACUACCUAGGAGGUACUUACACAUUUUGUGAAAAUUGUCUGAGGCUCAUGUGAGAGCAGUAAGAGAAGACGUUGCACAACCCUCAUCCUUAGAGAUGUGGAGAAAAUAUGACUCUUGUUUCCCCUCCCACCCAUAGCAGGGAAAGAAAACAAUAGCGAUAUGGCACAUAGAGCUUCCAAUGUGUGUUCUGAGAUUGCUGCCAGGAUUGCCGAUAAGAGUGAGUGUAAGUGUUGGAUAUAAUGAGGCCAUUCAAGGCUACCUUGAUACUGGUGAAAAGCUUUAUCCAAGAAUUUUAGCUAAACUCCCUCUUAUAUUAAACUGGCUUGCCUCCCAUUCCCUUGGUGUUAUAUAACACUUACAGAUUUUGAGAAAAAAACUAAAGAAAAGUACAGGUUUUGCAGUGGUAGUCAGCGCUGUAUAGCCCUUGUGGCUUAGCGCUUCUUUUUUAUUAUAAUAAUAAUAAUUUGCAGCGGUAAAUGAGUGGAAUAAACUUUGAAAUAUACAGUGGAACCUUGGUAUGCAACCAGCUCCCUACUCAAACAAAGCUCAGCACUUGACCAAACAAAUACGGCCUGCCAAAACUUUGCUGUAAACUAUUUCGUGUUUUUUCGCAUUUUUUGGUGUUUUUUGUAUUAUUUUUAAAAAUAAGUCACCACGGGGCCUACGACGAUUAGUGAUAACAGCCAAUCAAACAGAAAAUUGGCUGGGAGGAACUUGUUCAAUACUCAAACGAAGUGUCACUCGAACAGCCUUCUGGAGUGAAUUAAGGUUGCAUACCGAGGUUCCGCUGUAAUACUAUUGAAGCAAAUUUUUUGAAAUGUUUUAAUAAACAUGGAAUUGUUGGAUUCCUUGUGAUAACUACCAAAUUAUUCUAGCAACUUCAAAUUUUCAAUGUUAGUGUGUCUUUAGUAUAUUAUACCCUUUUUUAGUACUAAGAAAUUGGGCUCUCAAACUGAACAAUUAAAAAGACAUUCACAAUAUUUCAAACUUAUACCAUGUAAAUUUUUAAGCAAUUUCCUUUGCCCAUUUAGGAGAUAUUAGUUUUUAUCUUAAAUCUACAACAGGUAUUAAAUAUUAAGCAAAAUAUUAAAUACUUUUUACUAUGCAAUGGUCUGCUAUGUGUUCUUGCACAUGAGAAUGACUUGUGUGUGUUUCAGUAAGAUCCAUCUAUUGGUUUUUAUGAUGUAAAUGGGAGAACAACCAUGCUAAAACCAGUCCCAAAGAUGCCUACCAAGUAUCAGUGGGUGACUGAUGAGGUACCCCUGAAGGGGAACACGAAAGUAGUUGCUUGAUUUUUUCCUCCCAAUUUUAUUGUUUAUAACUUGAGGAUGCCUAUCACUUUCCAUGCACUAACUUGAGAAAACCUUUUUUUUUUUUUUUUUUUGAUCAGUUUCAAGCUUUCAAUACAAAAGGACUGUACUUUGAAGAAGAUUGGGACUGUUCUUGCAGUCUGCAGGUGCUAAUUUUCCAGUUAAAUUUAUUUUUAAAGUGGUGUAUUGGAUAUCAAAUUGGGGAGGAGGAGUAUGGAAGAAGUGAAUGUUUUCAGAUAUUUGGGAGUUGACGUGUCAGCAGAUGGAUUUAUGAAGGAUGAGGUUAAUCAUAGAAUUGAUGAAGGAAAAAAGGUGAGUGGUGCAUUGAGGUAUAUGUGGAGGCAAAAAAUGUUAUCUAUGGAGGCAAAGAAGGGAAUGUAUGAAAGUAUAGUAGUACCAACACUCUUAUAUGAGUGUGAAGCUUGGGUUGUAAAUGCUGCAGUGAGGAGGCGGUUGGAGGCAGUGAAGAUGUCCUGUCUAAGGGCAAUGUGUGGUGUAAAUAUUGUGCAGAAAAUUUGGAGUGUGGAAAUUAGGAGAAGGUGUGGAGUUAAUAAAAGUAUUAGUCAGAGGGCUGAAGAGGGUUUGUUGAGGUGGUUUGGUCAUUUAGAGAGAAUGGAUCAAAGUAGAAUGACAUGGAGAGCGUAUGAAUCUGUAGGGGAAGGAAGGCGGGGUAGGGGUUGUCCUCGAAAAGGUUGGAGGGAGGGGGUAAAGGAGGUGUUGUGGGCGAGGGGUUUGGACUUCCAGCAAGCGUGCGUGAGCGUGUUAGAUAGGAGUGAAUGGAGAUGAAUGGUAUUUGGGACCUGACAAGCUGUUGGAGUGUGAGCAGGGUAAUAUUUAGUGAAGGGAUUCAGGGAAAUCGGUUAGUUUAUAUAACCGGACUUGAGUCCUGGAAAUGGGAAGUACAAUGCCUGUAUUUUUUCCAUGAAAUAACUUGAGAGGGAACUAGUAAGCUCUUUAUUUUCUUGAUCAGUUGAGCUGUGGUACCUCCACUGGACUGUCAGGCCAUCAGCCAGGAAGCCUGGUUUGACAGUAGGCCAUGGAGAUCAGUUUUGUAUUUUCAAAAUGUGGUUUUUCUGUGAAAUAACCUGAGUAUGCCUCUUCUGAACAGUUUCAAUCUUUAAUGGCUGAUGCACCUUAUUGACAGGAUAACAUCCAAUCAGUUUAGUCUUAGUAGAUGCAGAUUUGCCCAUUUCCUUAUACGUGUAUUGUUAACAAACUGGGCAAUAAAUGAAGAAUGCCUUUUCUGAUUGGUUUCACUCUCACUGACAGUGAACUUUGUUUAGAGGGUCACAGUGAUUUUGAGUGGGACAUGUUUUAAUUUAUGAAUUUUAUUAAAUAAAGUGGUUUCCAUGCAAUAACUGGUAAAUGCCUGUUCUGACCAGCUUCAGACCCUAAAUCCUGGUGUAUUUUAGAGAAUUUUUUGGUUGAUCUUUGGCUGUGUAGGUGCCAAUAUGCCAGUUUUAUUGAAGAAAAUGUAAAAAUUUAAAUAGGAUUUCAUAUAAUAAUAUGUGAAUGCCUUCUUAAAGGAAGCUUUGAAUUCUUAUUGCACUGUAUAUGUGUGUGCCAAUUUGCAGAACUGUACUUCAUCCACUCAGUUGUUCCUGUUUGGUAGUUCCUACAUGGUACAGUAUUCAAAUUCCUGUUAUUAAAAAAUAAAAUAUUUUUCAUAAUAUUAUAGGAUAGCAGAAAAUUUGAAAUAGAAUAUAAUUGAAAAACAUUGAAA